AUGACUCUUUCUCUCUCUCUCUCUCUCUCUCUCUCUCUUUCUUUAUCAAAUUAUAUGCACACAGAAUGCACAUAUUUUUUCUUCUUCUUCUUCUUCUUCUUCUUCUUCUUCUUCUUCUUUACACACAAAUCUUGCAUCUAUCUCUCUAUCUAUCUAUCUAUCUAUCUAUCUAUCUAUCUAUCUAUCUAUCUAUCUAUCUCUCUAUAUAUCUAUCUCAGCCUGUUCCACUCUAUCUAUCUAUCUAUCUAUCUGCAUGAUACCUCAUGGGACAUAACUCAUUUACAGAACCUCUCUACUCUUCUUUCGAUCUAUCUAUCUAUCUAUCUAUCUAUCUAUCUAUCUAUCUAUCUAUCUAUCUAUCUGAGUCCACGUGGCAUGUCGGGCGUCCACAGAAGCUCUCUACUGAGUUCUAUCUGCCUUCUAUCUAUCUAUCUAUCUAUCUAUCUAUCUAUCUAUCUAUCUAUCUAUCUAUCUAUCUGCCUGAGAGAUAUCACCAGAUAUAAGGAACCUUUAGAACAUCUAUUGCUUCCCUGUCCUACUCCAAAGUCAUCUGCUAUGUCUUCCGAUUUUCAUCUUCUUUCAGGUCGGUACCAUGUUCGUGAUGUUGUUUGGGUUUUGUCACGCCCCAUAUUCUUUUUCCACACUUAG